CGCAACGCAAAUGGCCCGAGGUCCAUCACAGGCCAUGCUGGUUCGCCAUGUGGUAACAAAAAGAGGCUGCGUCUCAGCUCCAGCCAGCUUCUUGAAACUAUUCACGCCCAGUUCAAUCCCAAACCACCACACAUCCAAUUCAAUCUCUAUCGACACCUGACGCUAAAACAUGGCCGCUUCCACCCCCUCGGUGCCCUUUGCGGAGCCGGCUUGGCUCAACGGCCUCCCGUCGCCGUACUUUGACGCGUCGCAUCACAAGCUGCAGCGCGCGUGCCGCGAGUUCAUCGACAAGCACCUCAACCGCUCCGCCCUCGAGUGGGAAACCGCCGAGGAGCUCCCAUCCCACGUCUUCUCCGACUUUGCGCGGGGGAACUUUCUCCUCCCCGCUUUGCCCGCGCCAUUGCCGGUCGAGUGGCUCCGUAAGCUCGGCAUCACCCAUAUGCCCGGCGAUAUUCCCGUCGAGAAAUGGAACGCUCUCCACGGCCUGAUUUAUGCGGAUGAGAUGAGCCGGGCCGGUCUUGCUGGUCCAGCCGGCGGCAUCACCACUGGCAUGGCUUUUGGCGUGCCCCCCCUGCUGCGCUACGCCGAUAAGCAACUCCAGGACAGAUUCCUCCCUGAUCUUCUCCUCGGAAAGACGCGUUCCUGCAUCGCCAUCACUGAGCCAGAUGCGGGCUCGGAUGUAGCAAAUAUCACCACGUCCGCCCAAGUCAGCGAAUGCGGCCGCUUCUACAUUGUCAACGGAGCUAAGAAAUGGAUCACCAACGGCGUGAUGGCCGACUCUGCCACCAUGGCUGUGCGUACUGGACCUGAAGGCUCAGGCGCCAGCGGCAUCUCGCUCCUUGUCGUGCCGUUGAAGGACUACCCCGGUGUCUCUCGACGCCGUCUCAAGGUGGCAGGUCAGAUUUCAGCCGGAACCUCCUUCAUCGAGCUGGACGACGUCAAGGUCCCGCGGGAAAAUCUCAUCGGCAAGGAGGGCGAUGGCAUGAAGUACGUCAUGAACAACUUCAACCAUGAACGCCUGUUUAUUUCCAUUGGCGUGACUCGCCAAGCUCGCGUGGCUUUGAGCACCGCUUUUGCUUACUGCCUGAAGCGAGAGGCAUUCGGCAAGCCUCUGAUGGAUCAACCUGUAGUUCGCCAUCGCCUCGCAAAGUGCGCCGCGCAGCUCGAGUCGCAGUCUGCAUGGGUUGAGUCUUUUGCUUACCAGCUGACCCAGAUGGAAAAGACAACUGCCGACAGAGAACUGGGCGGCCUCACGGCCAUGUGCAAGGCAAAUGCUGGUAUGGUGCUUGACGAGUGUGCGAGAUGCGCAGUGUUGUUAUUUGGUGGCAACGGUUAUACACGAUCCGGCCAGGGAGAAAUCAUCGAGAAAAUCUACCGCGAGGUUCCCGGUGCAAGGAUCCCAGGUGGCAGCGAGGAUGUCCUGCUUGAUCUUUCCAUCCGCCAAAUGGUCAAAUUAUACCAGGCCAAGACGGCUGCACUGAAGCAAAAAUCGCAACUAUAAUUUUUUUUUAGAAGCAUGGAGUACAUUUUUUGCGGUGCUUUAAGAAUCUUUGUAUCAACUUGGAUCAAUUCUCACGCGACCCAAAGCACAUUCGAUCCUCAUCAUUAUCUAUCUACUACUGAAGUGAAGCCACCAUCAACGCGAAUGUCCGAGCAGUUGACAAAUGAACGCUUGCCACUGAGCAAAUGGCCAACUACAUUUGCCUGUUCCUCACAAGUACUCGGCCUCUUCAGCAGGCACCGGUUUCUCCAUCCUACUGCUUGCUCGCUAAACCCCGGGUCGUACAAAAGGUC